GACGCGAAGGAGAAUCUGGAAACCGAAAGAUUUCCUCCGCUCACCUUGUGCGGGUGCAAAGCGAGAAUUCCUCCGCCGCCUCCAAGGACUAGGGUUCGCGGCGAUGGAUCCAAGCUCGCCGAUCCUUCGCAACAGCUACUGGGUUUUGAGACACGGGAGGAGCAUCCCCAACGAGAAAGGCCUCGUCGUCUCCUCCUUGGAAAAUGGCACGCUUGAGAAAUAUGGAUUAGCUUCUGAAGGUUUCAAUCAGGCACGGUUGGCUGGAGAGUUGUUUCUUAAGGAAGUUGAGGAGACGAAUGUCCUGCCUGAAAAUGUUCAAAUAUGCUAUUCUCCAUUUUCACGAACUACCGAUACUGCUAAAACGGUUGCUAAUGUUUUAGGCAUACCGUUUGAGGGUUCUCAAUGUAAAGCACUGAUUGAAUUUCGAGAGCGCUAUUUUGGACCGUUGUUUGAGCUCCAUUCACAUGAAAAGUAUUCAGAGAUAUGGGCAUUAGAUGAGAAGGAUCCUUUCAUGCCACCUGAAGGUGGAGAAAGUGUUGCAGAUGUUGCCUCCCGAAUUGCACUUGGUCUGGCAGCAAUAGAAACUGAGUUUCAGGGAUUCACAGUCCUUGUUGUCAGUCAUGGCGAUACACUCCAAAUUCUCCAAACAGUACUCAAUGCAGUGAAGGAGCUUGAACCAUCCAAGGAGGGCGACAUUGUUUCGAGAAUUAAGCAAGUUGCAGUGCCUUGUAUUUUAUCCAAGCACCGGAAGUUUGCCCUAGAAACUGGAGAACUACGACAAGUAAUUUGAUUCGAAAUUUAACCCCAUGUCUCAAAUCAUAAAUCAAGGCUUCCAUAGGAUCGCGAGGCAGGGUAUUUCGUCACAAAGUUUUUCCCCCACUAGGGUUCUCAUCGGAAACCCAAAUAUAACACCACUUCUAUUCCUUGUUUACUUACCAGAACUGAUCUUGACCAACUCCUUGUAUUGGUGAUUGUAAUUACUCUCUGGUUUCUGCUAAUUCAGUUUCAACGA